GUUGUAGCCAUCAAAAAUCUUGGGUUGGGUAUUUAAUUUCUGUGAUAAAUCAACACCACGUUGAAGCAUUCAUGAAUCAUGUCUCUAGUCAAACAAAAUUUAGUGAUUUACAGAAAAUAAUAUGUAAAGAUUUUAAAUGUCCAUGCUAGGAAGUGUGUUGUUGACAAGUGGCAUGAACACAGUAGACGGGAUGGAGCUGGGUGUGGAGAAGGAGACGAGAGAGGAGAACAAUUACAACUCCUGUCUCGUGGAGACAAUCCUCACCGAGACAGAGGAGUUUGAUGCUCAGAACUAUGCUGCACAACAAUCCAAUAGUAACAGCAACAUGAUUAACAUGACACAUAUGACCCAAAUCCAGAUGCGUAAACCCCUGGAGCCCCGGGAGAUGAGGAUGGAAGGGGUGUACAGUAUAGAACCGGAACAGGUAGAUCUGAAUGGAAAGAAAAGAAUUUACAAACAUCCAGAAGGGUUUCCCUGUGAUCUUUGCCCAUACAGAGCAAAGAUGAGGUCUCACUUGAGGGCGCAUCGGCAAAGUGUUCAUGAAGGGGUGAAAUAUCCCUGUGAUCAGUGUGAGUACAAGGCGACAGCUAUGGGUUCUCUACGACGUCAUUAUAACGCAAUCCACAGUGGAUUAAAGUACCCCUGCUCGGAGUGUGAUCACGUGAGCAACACCGCGGCAAACCUCAAAUACCACCACAAUACCGUGCACAUGGGACUCAGGCAGUUCCCCUGUCCUCAUUGUGAGUAUAAGGCAACCACUGCAAGUCACCUGAAGAAGCACAAAGAAAGCGUUCACGAGGGCAUAAAGUAUAAAUGCAACGAGUGUGAGCAUGAAUCUACAACUAAAGAAAGUUUAAAGUUACCCUGCCCUCACAAGCGCAAGAAUAAUCGGUCUAAAAGUGCGCAGGUUCACAAGCGGUCAUUGCACAAGAAGAUACUGUUUCCCUGUCCUUCAUGUGAAUAUGUGGCCAAGGUUAACAGUCAUCUCAAGCAACACGUGAGGAGUGUACACGACAAGAUCAGGUUUCCCUGUGACAAGUGUGAGUAUUCCGCCAUCAACAAUUCCCGGUUAAAACAUCACAAAGAAACUAUGCACAGUGGGCUCAAAUUCACCUGUGAUACUCACGCAGUUCAGAUCACCACCGCCAAGCAGCUGCGCCAGAUUAUGAGAGAAGAUGUAAAGUUUGAGUGUGAAGACUGCGCUAUAGUUGCCAAGGGGGCGAUUGAUAUUCUGAAGAAACAGAAGGUGUGUAAGGGCGACGAAGACAUUUAUGAAGAUGAUUUUGAAGAAUGGGAGAUAAAGAAAGAAAAGGGAGUGGUGAACAAAAACCAAUGUGAGAUCUGCAGCCACGAGGCCAGAAAUCCAGCGGAAUUAAAGCAACACAUAAUGGCCAUUCACGAGGGGGUCACCCACUCCUGUGAUCAUUGUGAAUUUAGCACAACUCACCCCAGUAGUUUGAAAAGACACAAACAAACUGUGCAUCCUUAUGUAGAUCUGAAAUAUGCUUGUGAUGACUGUGCCAAAACAGAAAUGGAGAUAUUCUCCAAGAUUGGAAACAAGGAAGAACUAAAGAAUUUGUUAGAACAAGGUCGAAAAAGUGACUGCCAGAAUUGUAAAGAUGUUGCCAAACGGAGUUUAGAACUUUUAAAGUUCCGAGAAGAAACACAAGUACUUAAUACAGAUUCACCACAGGUCUCUAAGUAUGUUUGUGACGAGUGUGGGUUUGAAGGAAGGAAUGUGGUCGACCUGCGACAACAUAAACUGACAGUACACCAGGGAAUCACAUAUCCCUGUGAUGUAUGUGACUAUGUAGCCGCACGACCUGAUGCUUUAAAACGACACAAGAAGGGUAAACACGAGGAGAAGAAGUUUCUGUGCGACCAGUGUCAGUUCCGGGCACAUAGUGCCAUUAAACUCAGUCAGCACAAACUAACCGCCCACGUGGGAAUACGCUACCCAUGUAACAUGUGUGACUUUCAGGCUUCCAAGCUUGCUAAACUAAAAGAACACAAGAUGACGGCCCAUGACGGCGCCUCAUUCCCCUGUGACGAAUGUGAGAAAGUAUUCCCGAGUCCGAAGGGUUUAAAGGACCACAAGGCAGUGCAUCGGUCAGGUCCUAAGUUUCAAUGUGAAGAAUGUGGAUUUUCAACAACCGUGGUAGAAUCAUUGCAGACUCAUAUAGACAGUGUUCAUAAAGGAUCUCGGUAUGAUUGUGAUGCUUGUGAGUUCCAGUGUUUGAACCCCGAGGAACUAAAGGAGCAUAUCAGCAAGAUCCACGAGAUCGUCGUCACAUUCGGCUGCGAUCAGUGUGCGUUCAAGUGCCUUACCGAGGUGGAGCUCCGAGCACAUAUUGAGACUCUACACCGUACCCCGGAGUUUGCAUGUCACAAGUGCGACAUCAAGCUACCAACUGAGGAAUAUCUUAAACUUCAUAUAGUGCGAGAACAUGAGAAAUUUCAGUGUGCUGAGUGUAACUAUGUGUGUGGGACGGAGGAGGAUUUAAUGCAACACAAGGCCACAAACCAUGAACCCGAAGGAUAUCCCUGUGACCUGUCUAAUCACCAGGAUAGGAGCAGGAACACAUACUAUGAAGAGAAGAUGACUAAACAUCCAUAUCUGCACAUUAACGGUCAGGAAUAUGAUCAGGCCACACUCUCCGGUCUUCUACCUUCUCCGUUCCGGAGUUCGAUACCUGGUACUAAUAUAUCUGUACCCGGAGCAUACCCAACCUACUCCAUCACCAAUACGGGAAGUAUCUCCUAUGGAGGGGUUCCUGUACCCAGUACAAUAUCCGUUCCUGGGUUCCCUAUACCCGGCUCUCUUACUAACUCCGGGAACGCUAACGCCUUGGUUAGAGGAGGGUAUCCCUGGACUACAGGUUUUAAUAUGAAUCCAGGCAGCUAUUAAUCAGUACCUUACUAUGGGAGUACACAAUUUUGUGUUGGGAGAAAAAAGUUAUAAUGACUGUUAGCAUUGUAUUAAGUGACCCCUCGUGCAAAGAUUACAAAGCCCAAUUCACAAAAAGUAUCCUAGAAACCUUUAUCGGAUCAUUCAUGUGAAAUAUAUUGUCGAUUUUCUAGGGUUGAAAGUGAUUCAUUCCGAUAAUUCACAUAGCUUUCCUGCUGUCUAAAUGUAGCAAAAUUAUCCAUAGUUGAAAUUAUUAAUUGUUUCAUGUUGUGAGUCCGGAAUCUUGGAAUGGAGGGUCACUUGAAAUUACGCUUGUAGUCCCUUUAAAUGUUAAUUAUUUAAUGGUGAUUCGAUACACAACAGUGCUUCUAUUUAUUUUAUGUACAACAUGUUACUCAUCUGUCAGCUGUCAGCUGUUUGUUUGGACUGAGGUCCUGAUUAUUUCACUAUUAUAAAUCUAAACAACAAACUA